AUGAAGCUUAUAUCACUUGUCAGGAACGUUCAUUCUCGCCAAUGCCAACAGAAAGUAAACUGGUCUGUGCAAGUGCGUUUCCUGCAGCAAGAUUCAGUAUCGAAGUCUAAACCCAAGAGAUACAAGUACCCAUCAGUCUAUGACCCGUAUGGUCCUAGACCCCAGCCUUCAAGCAAAAUCGUGGAGCUAGCUGAGCGGAUAGCUGCAUUGUCUCCAGAGGAACGGAGACAAAUUGGUCCUGCGCUCAAUGAACACCUGAGGCUUCCGAAACAGCAUAUGAUUUCAACGGAAGGCAUGAGUAUGGGAGCAAAGCAGGAUGCUGGAACCGCAAAAGCAGAGGAGAAGAAGGAGAAGACGGCUUUCGAUGUGAAGCUGGAGAAGUUUGAUGCAGCUGCAAAGAUCAAAGUGAUCAAAGAAGUGAGAGCGUUCACGAGUUUGGGUCUCAAGGAAGCGAAAGAGCUUGUGGAGAAAGCCCCUGUCGUGCUUAAACAAGGUCUGACGAAGGAAGAAGCUAAUGCAAUCAUAGCAAAGAUCAAAGCUGUAGGUGGAGUCGCAGUUAUGGAGUAA